GCAUAUGUGGGGCUAUCAUGUAUUCAGACGAUAUCACUCGAAACCCGAUCUCUUUGAACUAAAACAGAAGUGAAAAUUUCUCCUUUUACUGCUUACAAAUGACAGAGUUACCCCAAUUUUGGCAAUUUUUUAGGAAAUAUGGACAUUAUAAGAGCUUUUCAUUAGUGUGAAAUGUGAAUUUUGACAGUUCUGUGAGAGAUUUCUGCCAGAGGUUAGCCAAGCAAGCUUCGUCCGUGCAGCCAGUAGGAAAUUUACCAUGUGGGCUGUGUGGCUGGCUAGCCACGUGUACACUGUAUGUUACCCUAUCAAAAUUGCAUGCGAUUCAUUCUGUGUGUGUUCUGUGUGUGAAUGCCAGAAUUCAACGGGAGGAAAAGGGUUCGCAAUUUGAGUCAUGGAAUAUUUUUCAUGUUUAUGUUGGACUAGCGAAUUUGACCAUUUCUGAAAAAGUUACUGGCCCAACAAUAGUUUUUAUUACUGUUUAUGUCGGACCCAUAAAUCUUGCUAUUUUUGGAAAAAUUACUGGCCCGACAAUAUUUUUUACUGGUCAUGUCGGACCAGUAAAUCUUGCUAUUUCUGAAAAUCUACCGGUCCGACAGUGAUUUUUACCGGUCUGGGACCGUCGGACCGGCGCUAGUGUCGAGCCCUGCAGUCAUAGAGAUGUAUACAUCUCUAUGGUUAUACUAUAUUCGUUCCUCCCACAUUCUACGCAUCUUCUCGAUUGCUUCCCCACCACAUUUUCGUCGUUGUUUGGGUUUGAUCACUCUUGUUUGGCUCCCUCUGAGUUGAAAUCAGGAGAGGCAUUUCGUGCUGAUGACCGGGCGUUUCCGAUCCUGGUAGUGUAGGAAGUGCGAUAAAAGAUGGCUGCAACACUGAGACCAUACCUUAAUGCUGUUAGGUCAACAUUGACUGCUGCUAUGUGCCUAGAAAACUUCUCUUCACAAGUUGUUGAAAGACAUAACAAACCAGAAGUAGAAGUCAGGAGUAGUAAAGAAUUAUUGUUGGCACCGGUAUCAGUGAGCAGGAAUGAAAGAGAAAAAGUUCUAAUAGAAGGUUCCAUCAACUCACUCAGAAUAAGCAUCGCCAUCAAACAGGCCGAUGAAAUUGAGAAGAUCCUUUGUCACAAAUUUACCCGUUUCAUGAUGCUCAGAGCAGAUAACUUCUUUAUUCUUAGAAGAAAACCUGUAGAGGGAUAUGAUAUCAGCUUCCUCAUCACAAACUUCCACACAGAGCAGAUGUUGAAACACAAGCUUGUUGACUUCAUCAUCCAGUUCAUGGAAGACAUUGAUAAGGAGAUCAGUGAAAUGAAGCUCAGUGUCAAUGCUCGUGCUAGGAUUGUUGCAGAGGAGUUCCUCAAAAAGUUUUGAGGAAUAGUACAUCUUAGUUCUUCAUCAUGUCUUUUAUACACCAAACCAUUCAGAGUCUGGCUCCCCUUGCUGUACAAUACAUUCCUUGGACAAGGAGAAACUUUUUACACCUUGUACUCUGACUUUAAUACUCUACCAAAAAAGCACCAAAAUUUAGAUGAUGCUUCAUUUCUGUUUAUUUUUUUAAUGAAGUUCAGCAUUGCUAUUUUUAGGUUCUUAUUCUAUGUCUUUAUUCAUUCUCUAUCUCCUAUUUCAUCUCUUCAUUUUCUCAUUGGCCAUUUGUUAGGUUACCAAAUUUAAUGCACAGCUUAUCAGUCAGUUACUUGGAUAGGGGUGAUUUAAUUUUGUGAUUGUUACACUCAAUUAUUUCUUGGUUGACUUUGCAUAAUUCACCUAGUUCAACAUUCUACUUUAAAAAUGUCUUUUUAAUUCAUCAUGCACCUCCCAAAGUCAAAUUCGCUCCAGAUACUGUGUUUGUGAUCUUUCAAUGAGUAAUGUAUUUGCCAGCAUUCUUGAUUUUGAAAUAUUAUCAUUUAUAUUAUUAGGCGAAUGGAAUCAUUAGUAUUCUAGUGCUUGACAACAGAAAGGUUUGCAUUAAAUUUGAUGACAUGAGAAUGGCCAUUUAAUGAUCACUCAUCUUAUGUUGUCUCUUCACUUAUCCAUUCAUCUACUCAGUUCUUCACUUCUUCCUUUAUCUCUUUGUCUAUGACUUAGAAAUUGAUAAUUGCCUUCCAUUGGCUUAGGGUAAAGAAGGAUGAUCUCUGUAUGAUGAUUAACAUGUGUCUUAUAUUGAUCUUCAGUCAUGGUAUGCCAUACAAGAAACAACAAAAGGGGGCCUGCUGUUUAGGUGAUAUAAUCGUACUAGACUAUCCUUUAUCAAUGUAGAAAAUGUACAUUUCCGUUGUACUGUAUCUUUAAACAUAGCAUUAUGAAUACUACAAUGAGGUGAAAGAAUUAAUGAAUUGAAGAUUUAUUUAUAUAGACUAUCGAUUUGAAUGCCCAUACUAAUGCUUUUGUUUGUUAUUGUGUUCAUGUGUUGUCCAAUCAUGGUGCAUUGGAAAAGUUUACUGUAAAUCAUGGUUUCAUUUUGUUUUGCAUAUGGAAGAUGGUCAUCUAGAUAAGAAAUACAUUAGUAAUAAAGUAACCUUACUUUCGAUAUGAAGAACCUAUCUAUAAAAUGCUCUAUAGCUUUCAUUUUGUAUUGAAUAGUUAGGACCGUCCACCCAUUUUGCAAUACUCACCAAUAUAUCCAAGGUCCAAGUUUUUAAUUCCGUAUACAUUUAUCAUUGCUAUGAUACUACUAUUUUUCAUAAGAUUUUGCCAGUUUUACUCAUGUGCAAAGAUUUUUUCUUUUCAAAUUCUUUAUGAACUCAGAUGACAAUGUAAGAAUCAAAGCAUGCACAUCCUCUUAUUGUAGCCAAUAUCCCUCAUUGUGAAGAAUUAAUUCUUGUUAAGUUAAAAGUUGCUCUAAAUUGAUCUUGUAGUCCCAUUAGAUUAUUUCUCACACCUUGUUGAGAUGUGUAAACCAAUUGCGUCAGUGGGGAACUUAGUGGCUGAUGUAUUCCAACAAUGGAAAAUGGAAGAAUAAUUCAUGAAGGAAUAUUAAAUUUCACCUACUGAAAAAAUUGCCGAAUGUGAAUUGUAAUCCCAUAAGUAUGCAUAGCCUGUGCUAAAGGGUACCCUUGAAAUAGAGUGAUUGGACCACUUGUGAACUGGUGUGACCUUUUUAUGAUGUAGCAUUUGUGUUUUUGCUAUUCUCACAAGUGUUUAGAGUCUCUCAAUUGAUCUCAACGAAUGAAGACAUUUAAAGGAAUUAUUGUAAGCUAAGUAAGCAUGAAUUAACACAUAGUACAUGUGGCCACUCUUAAAGAUUACUUAGGUGCACCCUGCCUGGAGGGUUUAUAAGUGCUUAACAUCUUUUAGAGGCAAUUAUGUUGAUAGAAUACUUCAGAUUUUGAAUAUAAAGCAAAUAAUCACAUUUUAAUUUGGUGAUCUGGACAUACAUGACAUCUUUCCAAAGGUUUGCUACAUCCCUAUCACGUUGGAAGAUAAAUCCUUUCUCAUCAUCUUUACCAAGGUGCUAAAUAACACUUUGUUAUUUAGAAGAAAACAUGUCAUGGGUCUUGAAGACAAGCCUAAGGAACCAUUAAUACAACUUUUUUAUUUUGUCUUCAAUAUGCAAAUGUGAUCAUGAUUGCCAUAGUGUAAGUCUAUACUAGAGAAUGAGUUUUAUUGUACAUAGAUAGGAUAAGCUGAUAGUAAUUAUUUUGUACUUAAAAUCUAAUGUCAUCUUUUACUUCCAAGAUUCAGUCCUAUAUUAGGGGAGGGGUGGUGACUGUCAUGUAUUUGUCUUUGUACUCUUCGUAAUCUUAUUUGAUCAUCUCGGCAAUUUAGAUCACAAGUCCUCAUUCAACUCAAGAUGAUACUUACAUGUUACUUAGGCAAUGGCAUGACCUGACAUUGCACCAUGUGAGAGACAAUAUUACCAAUUACCGAAGAUUUUCCCUACUUUCUGUGAAGGAUUUGUUAUAUUUUAUUUACAAUAAACAAGAGCAAAUUACAAGAGAAGGGAAAUGAGGCUGGGAAAGCCAAGUCUUAAAGGCACUUGAUAGCACUUUUAGUACAUAAGGUACUGAAGCUGAGUCCAAGAUGGGAAAAUUGGGCUGAAUGCCAGCUUAGAGCCAACCCAACUCCCUACAAUUUUGAUAAAAAAUAAAAUGCCAUAUAUGUGAAAUUUAGUGCCACAUGCAAGCAUAUGAUCUACUCUCUUUCAAAUAGUUAAAUGCACAGUAAAGGGUUUUUUGUGUAUCAUUGUUCAUUGUAUAAAUCAAAUUGGGUUUGUAGUUCUGACCUGUACAGUCCAGUUAUGUGCAUAGAUUUAAAAGAAUGAAUAUGAAAUGGACAAUGUAGAAUAUUUGAGUGUUUAAAGUGCCUCUUAUUAAUGUAGGCAGACAUUUUUUUCAUUUUACUCGAGCCAAAAAAUAAGGAGACAUUUUCCAGGAUGUUUUUGUCUUUUUUUUACAUGUUACAUACUAUAUACAACCUCUCUCUGGCAACAAUGCAACUGAUUUAUCACUUACAUUUAUUCUCUUAAUAUGCAUUCCAGUCACAGAGUUGCUGGCCUCCAAACAGGAAUGCAAUGUACAGCUUGUGUUUAAGUCUUGUUGGACUGUCCUGGAGAUGUUAGGUUGUGGUUAAGACAGAUGGGACAUGAUUUUAAUGAAAGCUUACAAGGGGUUUGAGAAUGACAAGAUGUAAGCAUAAUUUCAUCUGAACCUUCUUUGUAAAAUCAUUUGGAAUGCAUUGUUGAGUGACAUAAGAUCAGAUCUUUAUUUUUUCUGCCAACAACAAAGUAAUCUCCUUACUGGUUUGUUAGAGGAACCAGUAAGUUGUUUGGAUGGGACAAUACUGCUUGCCAAAUACAUAUAUAUGUCCAAAUGUUACAUUCUUACAUUGCACAGGAAGUCUGCAUAUAACAGACUAUACAAAAUUAACACUAUUAAUGAAUUUAGUGAUCGGGCUAAUCUUUAUUUUUCCAUACAUCUUCCAAGUCUGGAAACCCAAUACAAUUCCAUUAAUUCCAUAACAUGUUCUCUCUAAGUUUUAAAGUGAAAAUAUCAGGUAUGGUUUUGAAUGCAUUGUCCCGAACGUUUAAUUUUUUUUAAAACUCACAAUGAAAUGUCAGUGGUGACAUUGAAAAAAAAGGUAAUCAUUCAAUAUAUGAGAUAUAUUACUACAAUGCUUAAAUUAUGAGUACAUGUAUGUGUAUGUAGUGUUUUUUUUUUCAGCUGUUGAUUUUUCUUAAGUUGUGAAAUUUUCUUUGAAAGAAAAUAAUUUGUAGAGAUCUAUUGUGUAAUUUUUUUUUAUUAUGGAAACUGGAAAAUGGUUUGCUUUUUUGAAUCAUGGUAUUAUAUACAGAGUUAUUAAAAUACAUCUUUGCACAUAA